AUGACAGGUACCCCGCCGCUAUGGCGUCGCCUGCAGCCGCUGCAGCCCACACUGCCGCUCUUUGCUGGUAGUAACCACAGCGCGCGAAAGACCACCACUGAACAUGCGGCUGCGGCACCGCGUCGCAUGUCCUACAGUUUCGUCGUGGUGCCGCCACCCGUGCCAGCCGCCACACCUGCCUUUGAGGCGCACGUCAGUACGCUGCUGCGCCACGUCCCACAUCCGACCUUUAUCACCUGCACGAGCUACAGUCCGUACUUCACCUCCGCUGCGGCGGAGAGUCUGGCGGCUGCAGCAGACACCGCCGACGAGUCGGCGAACGCGAUGGAGGCGUCCGUGACUCAGCAGGCGCUCUCGUACCUCCACCAAUGUGUCGCGGCAGAUGUGGGUCUUGUCCUCACGGUCACCGCCACGCGCGCCACGAGCCACGCAGAGUCGGUGCAGAGCACACAAGGGGGAGAUCAGGACUCGCAACAGCAUCCGAAGCAGCACACAUCCUCUUCUUCUGCUUCUAUGGUGCCGACGACGACGACGCUGACGGGUGCGAGCCGGGGCGGAACAGCCGCCAUCCUAGCUGACUUUAUCGGCCGCACGUCUGCAGCACCGGCCACCAAACUGGGCACUGCGAACUCCCAAGAAGCGACGCGCCACCGCAGUCGUGGUCUGAUGGUCUUGCGCGGUGAUGACGGCGGGUACACCCGGCAGUGCAUGAUAGCCGCGCAGAAGGGCGGAGCAUCCGCGUCGCCCCCGUCCCUGUCCCCAAACCCGUACGUCGACUUCGCGGACGGCGUGGAUUUGCUGCGCUUCAUCCACUCCACUCUCAGAGGUCGUGACGGAGAAGCGAUGUGUGAGAUCACCGGUGACGAGCCUGCUGGUGCAGCAGUGUGCCUGUGCAUAGGCGGGUACCCGCAGGGCCACGUGCUGGACCGCCAGUGGGGAGCCGAUGCCGCCACCGCUGCAGCUGUGCCGUCAGCGCAGUCGCCCUUGCCAUGUCAGACGUUGGCCUCGCUUCGUUUCCUUGACGAAGUAGACACUGUCUUUGCCGACACGGAGGCGCAGCUGCGACGGGCUCAGGGAACACACAGUGCCCCACGUCCUCCGUCGCUCGAGUCCUGUGUGGAGGCAGCUGAAGCCCUUUUCGCUCGCCUCGGCGCCGUGCGUCGUCUGUGGACAACGCCGUCCUACUACCCGCCUAGCGUGCGCGCCGCAUGCACGCGGCGGACAGUUGCGAACAAGGUGUUUCUCAGACCACCUGGAACGCGGCAAUGCGUCGCAGACAGCGCUUGGGACGGGUGUGGCAGCGCAGGCGCCCACGUGGUCGUGACGCAGGUGAUCACCUCUGCCACUGAGUUUUUUGAUUACGUGGAGGACAUACGGAACGCGCUGCGCUCGUCGGUACCGCCCGCCAGAGGCGUUCCGUGCGACCGCGGCAGAGAUGGCGCAGCUGCCACCGAGGCGAGGGGAGCGAGUGUGCCAUGCUUGCAAUUAAGAGCAGCGUCGGCGCUGCCGUCAUCAUCGCCCUCUCUCGUCAUAGUGCCGGGGCUGAUGGCGCCGCUGCGAGCGGAACAGUUUCUGCGCUCGGCGCUGCAGCUCAAGGUCAUCCCGAGUGUGCCGUUUCAGCGUGCGCUGCGCGAGUACGAAGGGGCGCUGCACUCCGCUGUGGAGACGCUGCGCAGUGCAGUGUCUUCUAACGCGAUCGAUGUGUAUGCUGAGGCGAAGGAGAGGGCGGAGGCCUGCUUCCAGGAGUGGAUGGUGGCCAUCACAGUGGACAUUGUGCGCGACCUCCGCGCUCGCGGCUACACGCACGUGAACUUCUCCGCCUUCCAGUACGGAUGCGGUGACGCCGUCGGAUGCGUGGUGGCCGCGCUGGCAGCAGAAGGUAGAGAAGAAGUAGUGGAAGAGCCGUAA